GAGAGGAGGAGAGAGAGAGAGCGAGCGAGUGAGAGAGAGAGCAGCAACUUAGUUACCGAGCAUCGCUGCCGUGUCUCCUCCGGCACAGCGCGCUGAAAGAGAAGCAUUUGGCAGUUAUGGUUGAUCAGCGUUUCUUUCAUCCUCUCCCGUGCAUUAGUGACGACCGCGUCUACAUCCCUAUUUCUGUUUCGUUUCGAAGGAUUAAAUAUAAAAAAGAUGCUAUGAGGCGCCCAGGAAAGACCCUACAUCUUCUUCAAUGUGCGUGAGAUGACAAUGAGGAUACCUUAGCAAGACUGCAAGCUUGCCCAUGAUUUGCAGGAAAAUGCAGCUUUGGAUUCCAUAUGUUUUGCUCGGUGCAACUUCUGUGUGCACCGUUGAGAUGUCUGGCUAUUAUGGGGAAAUCUGUCAAGAACUGUGUGCCUGUGAGGAAAGAGAAGGGAUGCUUACAGUGAGCUGUGAAAGCAGAGGAAUUGCAAGACUCUCAAGCAUAAGCCCAGUGCUAUUCUCCCAGUAUCAGCUACUCCUUACAGGGAAUCUUUUGACAAAGCUUUCUACCAAUGAUUUUGUUGAGUACAAAGGACUUACGAUAUUACAUCUUGGAAAUAAUGAAAUAUCUGAAGUUAAAGCGGGAGCUUUUAAUGGACAGCAGGGAUUGAAACGAUUACAUCUCAAUAAUAACAAAAUUGAUGCCCUGAAGGAAGAGUUUUUCUACGGCCUUGAAAAUCUGGAGUAUUUGCAGAUUGAUUAUAAUUACAUCACUCAUGUGGAGCAAAAUGCCUUCAGCAGACUUCGACAUCUGGAGGUCUUGAUUCUGAAUGACAAUUUGAUAUCUAGUCUGCCUGUAAACGUUUUUCAGUUUGUACCAUUGACUCAUUUAGACCUAAGAGGGAACCAGCUCAAAGUGCUUCCCUACAUGGGUCUACUGGAGCACAUGAACAGCGUCGUGGAGCUACAGCUGGAGGAGAAUCCCUGGAAUUGCUCCUGUGAGUUGAUUGCUCUUAAGACUUGGUUGGAAAGCAUUUCCUACACAGCUUUGGUUGGGGACGUGGUUUGCGAGUUCCCCUUCCGGCUUCAUGGGAGAGACCUCGACGAGGUUUCAAAACAAGAGCUGUGUCCGAGGAGAGCCAUCGCUGAGUACGAGAUGCCGCCUCCUCCUCAUUUGGGUGCCGACGCAUACUACAGGACCACGCCAGCUCUCGGUGCCUUCUUCACUGCAUCUGGCAUUGCACGAUCCUCGUCGAGACCAACCAAGGGACCUCGUCAGUCAGCCAAAUUAAAAUCAAAGCCAACUGCUCGCAUCCCAUCAAAUAAGCCGCAGAAUUAUGGUCAGAUUGUUUCGUAUCAGACCAAAUCUCCAGUGCCUUUAGAUUGCCCAACUGCCUGCACCUGCAAUCUCCAGAUUUCAGACCUUGGCCUGAAUGUGAACUGCCAGGAGAGAAAGAUUGAACAGAUCUCUGAUCUGAAUCCCAAACCAUACAACCCCAAAAAGAUGUACCUCACAGGGAAUUACAUCCCUGUGGUGCGCCGGUCAGAUUUUAUUGAGGCAACUGGGUUAGAUUUGCUUCAUCUUGGUAACAAUAAGAUAGCUCGGGUAGAUGAUAGAGCUUUUGGUGAUUUGACAUAUCUGCGAAGACUGUACCUAAAUGGGAAUUUGAUUGACCAUCUUAGAGCCAGUAUGUUUUACGGACUAGAAAGCCUACAGUUCUUAUAUCUAGAGUACAAUGUGAUUAAAGAAGUGACUGCCGACACUUUUCAGCAUGUCCCCAAGCUUCAGCUUCUUUUUUUAAACAAUAAUCUCCUGAAAACUUUGCCAGAGGGAACCUUCAAUGGCUUAACAUUAGCCAGACUAAAUCUUCGUAACAAUCACUUGCGCUAUCUCCCUGUCAGGGGUGUACUUGAUCAACUUACAGCCCUUGUUCAAGUUGAUUUGUAUGAGAAUCCCUGGGAUUGCUCUUGCAGUAUACUAGACUUGAAGAUGUGGCUGGAGCAGCUCAGCAUAGGCACAGUUGUAAACAACGUCAUAUGUGGCUCCCCAAAGAAGCUGGCUGGGGAAGAUAUGAGAUACAUUAAGACAACUAAUUUCUGCCCUAAUAACUCUGAUAUACUUGCCUCUAUGAUUCCACCCUCCGAGGAAUCCUUUCCGGGGAGCACUAUCACUAUAGAAACAUCCUUAGACUCCGACACUCAGCUCAGCACCAUUCCUUUAUCUGUAAUGAUUCUGGCCCUUCUCCUCUUAUUCAUUGUGUCUGUGUUCGUGGCAGCGGGACUGUUUGUGGCAACAAAAAAAAGACGGCAGAAGAAUCAAAGUGAGCAGAACGAAUCGAUGAAUGCUUGCAUUAGCUCUCUCAACAUGGAGUAUGGCCUUUAUAAAAAGGGAUCUAUUCCCAAAGUUAGAACAUCAGCUGGGCAUGUCUAUGAGUAUAUCCCACCUCCCACUGAAGCCACAUGUAGAACUGCUGCACAAACCCCCAUGGACAACAAGUCAGCGGAUGGAUUUAGAGACUUUGACGAGUUAAGCAGCGCCUUUCUGGGUAACCUAGAUGAAGAGGCAGCCAGUAAUGUGAUGAGCUCUGAGUACAGCGCCACCACUCCAGAGCCUUCCAACAAGCCCUCCACCCCUUACAGAGAUGAUCCGUGCUACUAUAGAGAUGCAGUACUGGAGUCUGACAAGAACAGACGCCACAGCAAUACUGUACUUUGCAGGCAUGGAGCUCAUUCCUCAAAUCAGUAUACCUCAGACUUCGAUGCAAGGCAUCAAUACGUGCACCCAGAGAGCAUACAACAGGCAAUACUGUAUUGUACAGCACCGAGUUCAGUUUAUGUAGAACCCAACAGAAGCGAGUAUUGGGAACUGAAAGCAAAGCUUCAUCUGGAUCCAGACUACCUGGAGGUUCUGGAAAAACGAACUACAUUCACACAGUUUUAAAACACUUGUCCUCCUGAUGAUUAGAGCGGAUCCAGUGGUGUGCUCUACCCGUUUAAAUAAAAAAGGGACGAUUUCCUCAGCAGGAAAAAAAUA